GUGGCGGUGGCGGCACAGUCAGCGGCAGCCUCUGUGGCAGCGGCACAGACGGCGGCUCCAGCAGCAGCCGGGGAGGGGUGGGAGCAGCACGGUCAGCGUCCGCGUGCCGCCGCCUUCGGAAGGGCCCCGGUCUGAAGCGAAGACCCGGAAAGUAGACUAGAAGAAAGGAGCGAGGCCAUGGAAGGCAACGGAGGCAGCAGCAAUAGGGGCUCAGGAGGCCUGGCCGGGUUCUUCGGUGGGAGCGGCGGAGGGCCGAGCUACUCGAACGCAGAUCUGGCCGGAGUUCCUCUUACUGGUAUGAGUCCUCUGUCUCCAUAUUUAAAUGUGGAUCCCAGAUAUCUUAUACAGGACACAGAUGAGUUUAUUUUACCUACUGGAGCCAAUAAAACACGGGGCAGGUUUGAAUUGGCCUUUUUUACCAUUGGAGGAUGCUGUAUAACAGGAGCUGCAUUUGGAGCAGUGAAUGGUUUAAGACUGGGAUUGAAGGAAACACAAAAAAUGUCCUGGUCCAAGCCAAGAAAUGUACAGAUUUUGAAUAUGGUAACCAGGCAAGGAGCAUUAUGGGCUAAUACUCUGGGCUCUCUGGCUCUGCUCUACAGUGCAUUUGGUGUUGUCAUAGAAAAAACACGAGGUGCAGAAGAUGACAUCAAUACAGUAGCAGCUGGGACCAUGACAGGAAUGUUAUAUAAAUGUACAGGUGGUCUUCGUGGAGUAGCUAGAGGUGGUCUGACAGGGCUAACCCUUACUAGCCUAUAUGCAUUAUAUAACAACUGGGAGCACAUGAAAGGUUCCAUGACACAACAGUCACUUUAGAUAGAGCUUGGACUGUGAGAACUGAAUGAAUAGAGGACACAGCAAAAGUUCUCCAGGUUGAUUUGUAAAAUCAAUUUGGGGUAAUAUCUGAUCUACCUACAUUUAGUAUGAAAAACAAAACAAGAUCUUUGGUACUGUCAUGAAGAUCACUGGCACACUUUACCAGAACUGGCACCACUUCUGGCCAGUAGUGUUGGAGCCAAAAGCAUCUGAUGCCUCAAAGUGAGUAGCACAGUCAUCAUUUUCUCCUUUGAAGAUUCUCUGCUGCAUGUCUACUCUCCAACUACCCCUGAACUUCUGAAAUAAGACUUACUCCCAGAUUCGGGUCACAUAAUUGUCAACAUUAUAUAUCAUAAGGUUUAUUCAUUUAACGAUUGUGAACUAUAAUACACUGCUUUAUUCCCAAUAAAGAGUGUUCCUAGAACCAAAUGCCAUAAUGUCAAAA